UGUCGAAAUUACAUUAAAAUCGUUAGCGGCCGCAAACUAAAUUUAUCUCGGUUAAAACCGACGACGUCGUCUGAACGGGACCGGCGACACCGCCGACAGUCGCGGGUAUAAUGUGUAGGUAAUUCAAUAUCGUGUCGUCAGUUGCACGCGCAGGUAGGUCUAGUUGUAAUCGUCGUCACUGUAUCGACUCAGGUGGAUUUUAAAUUAUUUCAAUUUAAACGCACUGUUAUAAUACGCCUGUAUUCGAUAUUAUAAUAUUGUUAAAUUAGUAGUGGUCUUUGGUAUUUUUUCUUUACCUCUCAAGUCUCAACAUGGUCAGGACUAAGCAAUCGGUGAGCUAUAAGAUUUCCAUUGGGAAAGUGCCUAAAAUUGCUGCGUGCAAAGCGGCCAUGGCCAGUAGCAGCGGUGGUUCGUCAUCGUCGUCGUCUCCGUCCACUUCCAAAAACAGAUACUCGGGCGGUGGUGGAAAUCCAGUGCACCCCAGAGAGAUUCCGUUUUGGCAGAAAGAGAUCACGUGCUUUUUCCAGGUGAAAAACGAUAAGGAAAUAGACGAACUACCACGGCCGUCGGCCAACGACGAGGACGACGACGUCGUCGAAUUACCACCGCCAGAAACGAUGCAGGCGGGUUCGUCGAAAAUGUAGUACAGAAUAAGACGUUUAUUAUCUUUGUACUUACGAAUUUCCUAUAAAAAAACCGACUCGAAGUCAUGUAUGGUCAAGAUUUUGUUACCCAGAUUUUGUUAGUUUUAAGUGAGUUAGUUUUAAGUUAGUUUUAAUUCUCGCAAAAAGUACUUAUUUUUCAAUCGUAUUUUUUUUUUUUUUACCACACGUCUAUAUCUUUUUAUGUAUGGGUACAAUAUUAUUUUGUUUACGUUUUUUCUGUUCCAUCAUAC